AUGACCAUAGAAAAUAAUCAAUCACAUAAUGGCAAAAAUGAACUUUCGUUGGAGAAUGAAAAAAUUGAGGAAUCAGUUCAAAUACAUGAAACUGAAAGUACUUCAUUAAAUGAUCCAAUGAAUUGGCCGAUAAAGAAAAAACAGUUCAUAGUAUUCAUUAUCUCAGUGGCAGGAACAAGCGCCCAUAUUUCUUGCACAAUUGUUUUUCCCGCACUUAUUCAAAUUGGCGUUGAUUUGAAAACUUCUCAAGUUCUUACCAAUGCUAUAAUCUCGACUUUUAUUUUAGUAAUCGGCAUUGCACCACUUGGAUGGGCCUCGUAUUCUGAUACCCGCGAAACAAGACGAAGGGCUUUUGGUGGAUCUGCAGUCCUAAGUAUUGGUGCAGGAACUAUAAGUGAUAUAUUCAUUCCUACAAAACGUGGACGUGCUUUUGGAUGGUUCUACUUGGGACCUUUAAUAGGCCCUGUUAUUGGUCCAACCAUAGGCGGCUAUAUAACUCAAUACCUUGGAUGGAAAUAUAUCUUUUGGUUUCUAUCAAUAUAUGGAGGAAUCAUUUUAGUCCUCAUAUACUUUGCACUUCCCGAAACUUUUCGUCACACCCAGUUGUCACUUACCACAACAUCACCUCCUAAAGAGCGGUUUAAUCCAUUCUUACCGCUUACUUUACUUCGUUAUCCAAAUCUAUCUUUAGCAAUACUUUACAUAAGUAUAAUUUAUUCAGUGAUAUAUGUUCAAAAUGCACUUGUUCCAACAACUUUUUCAGCAAAGUAUAAUCUGUCUCCAUCAAAUGUUGGGCUUGUGCUUCUUUCUCCUGGUAUUGGAUACGUUCUGGGAAGUGUAAUAUCUGGAAGUUACUCUGAUUUCAUAUUGACUAAAAGUAGAAAGAAAUACGGUAGUAUUUAUCCGGAAAUGAGAUUAAAUAGUGUUUGGCUUGGAUCAGUGUUAAUCCCAGUUUCACUUUUAGCUUAUGGAUGGUUUAUUGCGAAGGAUACUCAUAUUUCUUUACCUAUAAUAUCUAUGUUUUUUUUCGGAUUUGGUGCAUUGUCAGUAUUUAAUGGUUCAUCAACAUACUUAAUCGACGCUUUUCCUGGCCGAAGCGCUUCAUCUAUAGCAGUAAACAAUUGUUUCAGAUCUAUAGCAGCCUCAAUAAUGUCUUUCGCUUCGACGCCGCUUGAAAAUGCUUUAGGCACCGGUUUAUUGUAUACUCUUUUGACAGUGUAUAUUAUAUUGGGCACUUCUUGCAUGGUGAUUGUAUAUUUUAAAGGAAAAAAGUGGAGAGAACGUUUUCAAGAUUAA